CGCUAGUGCGCAGGCGCGCCCGGACUUGGCCUGAGCGCGGUGCCGCAGGCCCAGCCCCGGCAGUUGAGCUGGUGGCGCGAGUCCUGGAAAGAGCCAUUAAUCGAGAAGGCUUGAAAGAGAGGCGUGACUGUUGGGUCUGUGGGCAAGAUGGAGACUCCACGGCCGGUCGUAAGCCGUCGGCCCUUCUGCUGUACUCUGAAAUGCUUUGUGAAGUUCCUGCGGUUGGUGGUAACUGUGACAUCUAUGAUCUUUUUCAUCGUGGGACAAGCCCCUGAACCAUAUAUCGUCAUCACUGGGUUUGAAGUCACCGUUAUUUUCUGUUUCCUAGUCUUAUACACGUGUGGACUUGACAAGAUAAUGAGAUCUUUCUUUUGGCCUUUGCUUGAUGUUAUUAACUCAAUGGUAACAGCAUUAUGCAUGCUCAUUGUGUCUGUGUUGGCUCUAAUACCAGAAACCUCAACAAAGACAAUCCUUGGAGGGAUCUCCUUUCCAUGUGAGUGCCGGCUAGUUUCAUGUCAACUUGACCCAAGCUAGAGAAUGGAAAGGCAUCCUGAGACACAGGAAUUCAGGAACCACAUACCUCUACAAGGAGCCACCUCAGCAGAGGCCGUCCAGCCCCAGGGAGGAGAUCCCCAGCUGAGCGCAGGACCCUCAGCCACUCUCCUUCUCUUCAUUACUUUUUUCCUUCAUGGCUCCUCCAAGGAGAGUGUCACACCAAGAAGAAAAUCUCAUGAAAGAGAUUUAUUGGGAGGCCCAUGGUGUAUAGCUGUGAAUCCAGGGAUAGCUGCCGGAGCGGGCAGCACAGAUUGGGACAAAGGGGCAGUGCUUAUAUAGGAUUUCUGAGGGGGCAGAGCUUCUCUGGACAGAUUCAAGUCAUGAGCUUGGGGUACUCAAGAAUUGAUAGGUUUUCUUGUUCAGAGAUUGGUAGCAUUUUUCACCCCCUUCCCCCUGCAUCUGGCCCAUGGGUUAGGGUGGAAAGUCCUUCCUGGCCUGAGCUGGCUUGCGCUGAGAUGACAUCUCUGUGGAACUGCUGGGGUCAGAGGGUACUAGAGAAGUGGUGCUGCCCCCAAAGACGGCUUUUGAGGGACAACUUUGGCUGAGGCAAGAGAGGAAAUGGGCCACCAUAGACAGCUCCUGGGUUGGCCCCACACUGAGGAGAUGUAGUAGUGCCUCAUUUUAACCCCAGGCACAUUUGGACAUCUCUUGUGGGGUGUUUUACUGCAGUGGUCGUAGACUGGGAUGUGGAAUGGCCUCUGCUUUCAUGGAUUUUGCACCAUGCCCUAUAGACACUAUACAUACCCCCAAAUAACCCCAGAACCCCUUUUCUCUGGGUUGGCUGGCAGCAGCUCCUGUGCAUGUGGUUGCUGGGUCUUGAGUUUUCAAGCUAGGCAUGGCGCCAUUUUCCCACAACGAGGACAGCAGAUUGCUAGGCUAGGCAGCAGCCAUCAAAAAACAGGUGCACGCGGGAUAGACUGCCAGCAGCCGUUGAAGACAGUUUCCCAGGGGGCCAUCGCCCUGCGGCCACCCAGCCAACCGGAGGUGCAGGGCCAGCCUGACAUAAUGAGGCUUGGAACCCACCAUGAAUCCUGCAUCCGCCAGGCGUGAGUCCAGCGGGGAUGGGUCCAGGCGUGAGUCCAGACGCUCAACUUUACGACCUCGAGUGUUGGAUGCUUCCUCACCUUCGGAUUCACAGGCGUAUGCUGCCUCUGCUCCACCUCACCAGGGACCUUCAGUACCCGGGACACCAACCAGCCAGGGACCUUCAGUACCCGGGACACCAACCAGCCAGGGACCUUCAGUACCCGGGACACCAGCCAGCCAGGGACCUUCAGUACCCGGAACACUAACCAGUCAGUGACCUUGAGUAGGGACCAUGCCAUCUAGUAAGUUCAUGCAGUCGCUGCACAGAGAUCACAUUGCCAACAAAUUACAAAAAAAAAAACCAAACAACAAACAAACAAAAAACAAAAAAAAACCCAAAAAAAACCCAACAUGAGAAAGUGCCACCAACUCAAGGAUUCAAGGUACUUGCAAGCAUCAACAGACAAGGUAGUUGAUUCAGAGACUGCAUCAAGCAUUUUUUGCUGCUCAGCCAAUGGGAUGUUGAAGGUCUUGAGGAUGGUGAGCAGGAGCUGACAGCUGAUUGGCUGGGUGGAGGGAGGGUGGGUGGCCUCGGGAGUGGAGCACAAAGUUACUGCUUGAGCAAAGUCUCCACAGUUCCCUCUGCCACAGUUUUCAGUCCUUUCUUGUCCCCAACAUAUGUAGCCCUGGCUGGCCUGGAGCUCACUAUAUAGACGAGACUAUGAGACUAGCCUCGAACUCAGAGAUCUCUGCCUGCAUCUGCCUCCAGAGUGCUGGGACUAAAUACUGAUCCACCACGCCCAAUAUCACACACAUCAAUUCUCAGUACUAAAGGGUUUCCCUGCCCUCCUCUUCCUAGGGUUUCCCCUCACAAACGGAAGAAUGGAGACACUAAGUAAAUAACAGCGUCGUAAACUAGCAAGCACAACCAGUAAGAGCUGCCACCCAGAAGAGCUAGUCAAGCAAUGCACAAGAGGCAAGAAUCCAGGACAAAGGCAAGAGAGGCAGACAUUCAAGUUAAAGUCAGAAUGGAGGAGCGCUCCUAAGCAUCCCUGACAGUGAAAGGACCCGCGGAUGGGGGCACAAACCUUCUGGGAAGGAAAGUUUCAGGAUCCAAACUGAACCCAAAACAGAGAUGGUCAAAGGGAACAAUGUUUAAAACAGGAAAAGCAAGGGGCCCUAAGGUGGCUAAGUGUGGAAACCCUGCUAGGUCCACGCCCAGAGAUCAGACUGCAAUUCCUAGAACUCACCCCUGCCAUUAUCAUCUGACCUCCACGUGCACCCUCUGCUGCAACCAUCUCCUCCAACAUAAACAAAGGGGUUUCAGCUCCUUAUUUAACUCUCAAAAGAUCCUAUCUCUAGAACGUUUCUUAAAUAGUGAAUCAGACCCAGGGUUGGUGUUAGGGUCUGGGCUUUCAAAGCAUAAGAUAGCAUCCUGAUGACGCUCGAA